AGUGGCGUCCAUACAAGUACGAGUAGGAGUGCUACGCUACCUGCUGAUUCAGUGCUGAAUAUCCAAAUAAUAUCUAAUUGUAGAUAUGUUGACGUUUUAAAAAAGGCAGAUCGUGAUGUAGGUGCUUGGAGGAUCUCGAAUUGAAAAUUAAUGUAAACAUGUAAGAUUCCUGGCAAGUUUCAACACAAAUUUUGAAUUAGACAUGGCAACUUUACCACCCAGACGAAAUCCAACACCCACGAAGAUAUCAAAGCAACACUUGACUCCCUUACAAGUUUUACUACAAAUGGGGUUUCCAAAACUUCGAGCGGAUAAGGCUUUGGCAGCUACGGGUCAUCGAGGUGUGCAAUUGGCAUCGGACUGGCUGCUCGCCCACGUCAACGAUCCGGUACUUGAUGACGCGGCGCCCAGAGAAUAUAUUCUUUAUGUAUGUCCCACGGGAGAAUUCUUAGAGCAGCUGCAAGCAUUUUGGCACAAAUCCCUCGAGUUAUGCGGAUGGAACGGUGCGCACAACUUCAUUCCGCAUAUAACAUUGGUUUCCUUUUUUAAGGCUCCGGACUCGGACGCUCUACACUUGGCCCAAACGUUAAAGUCCGUAAUGGAAAGGCACGGGGCGACGCUUAACGAACCUCUCAAAUUAGAAACGUACACCUCGCCAAACUUCAUGGGUUUCUUUGUCGCCGAAGAGCACGCCGACUAUCUGAAAAGAAUCGCCAUGCAGUAUGUGAAGGAUGUUUCGAAUACCAUUAUUAGCGAUACUUAUGAACAAUUUGACGCCUUGACGGCCUGCUUUCCUUGGUGUACGACAACCACAGCUCGCUGUAUUCCCAGGGGUAGUAGAUCAAUUAGUUUGGAGCCGCACGUUAAAUCUCUACAUUUAACUUUGGCGUAUCAGUUUCCUAACUCGCAGUUCAGCGCUUUAAAAUCUUUAGUGGAAGGGCUCGAUCCAGGUAUACAGUGUGAAUGGGAACUACGCUUAUAUUCGAGGGAUUCUCGGCUUAACGGAAAACAAGUACACAAAAUUAUUCAUCCCUAUGGUCCAUCGGAGUCUGACGAGCUUGAAUUACGAACUGGCGAUUAUGUUUAUAUAAGUAGUGAAGCGUUAAUUAAUAGUCCAGACGGUUGGGUCGAAGGUAUUUCAUGGUUAACAGGUUGUUCAGGAUUGUUGCCUGAAAGCUACAGUGAACGAACAGCGGAAUCUGACGCUUGGACAUUACACCGGAAAGUUACUUUGAAUUAUAUAAGUAAGCCUAGUGAUACAAGUACGUCAACUAGCCAUACAAGUUUAAAAAAAACAAAUAGCUGUGCGCAACAAGAAAAGGGAGCCGAGAGUUUGAAAUUGGAAGAAUCUAAAAGUGAUUCAAAUAUGGUUGCUAAUGAAGAUGCUAAUUUGGUAAAAGAAAAUGGGAAAGCCACGGUUGGUACCGAAACAGAUCAUUUAAAUGGGGAAGACAAAAAUAAUUGUUCAGAAUCACCCCAGCAUUUGUUCAUCAUGCGACAUGGAGAGCGAGUCGAUUUUACGUUCGGUACAUGGAUACCAUAUUGCUUUGACCAAAGCGGUAAUUACGUGCGAAAGGACCUUAACAUGCCUCUUACUGUACCAAAUCGAAAAUUGGGGCCUAAAGGAUACUCCAAAGAUACGCCUUUAACUCAAAUUGGUAUUCAUCAAGCUUUAUUAACCGGAGAAGCUCUAAAAAAUGCAAACGUCGUAAUUGACCAUGUAUAUUCAUCACCAUCAUUUCGUUGCGUUCAAACGUGUGAUGCUGUUCUAAGAGGAUUAGGGAAAAAGGACGAUCUUAAAAUAAAUCUGGAACCGGGAUUGUUUGAAUGGUUGGUUUGGUAUCCAGAAUCGGUACCCGACUGGAUUAAUCCGGAAGAGUUGGUCGAAGCCGGAUAUAAUAUUGAUACCACCUACAAGCCAGCAGUGUCGCAAUCUGACUUGGUAGAUACUCAUGAAACUUGUGAGGAAUUUUAUAUGCGAAGUGCAUAUGUUAGUAAACACGUGUUGUCUUCGAAGACAACCGGUAACGUUUUAUUUGUAGCACAUGCAUGUUCUUUAGAUGUAUGCUCUCGAGAGCUGACGUCUUGCUCUCCGCGUUCCUCGACAGAGAUGACAAAAUUGCUAACAAAAGUACCUUAUUGUGGCUUACUUGCCUUGGCAAAGUCAGAUGAUAAAUGGGAGAUGGUUGAAGCUCCCUGUCCACCUCUCACGCAUACCAAUAAUCAACGAUUCGAUUGGAAGAUUUUACAAUAGUCACAUGAGGCCAUUUGUUUGUCUUUACUGUAACCAAAGAUACAACCGAAAACCGUCUACUAAUAUUUUCUGUUAAAUGUGGUACACUUAACAUCUCCAUCAUUCAAAAUGAACAUAGUGAAAAUAUAUUUAUUAAUAAAUAAAAUUAUAUUUAAACUAA